UUUUGUUUUUUUCCGUCUUCGGACGUGAGUCGCGGAAAGUCGUCGGCAAAUCCUAAAGAAAAACAAAUAGUUCGGAUAAUAAUACAAUACAACAAUUCUAGUGUUUAUGUUUGCUAUCGAGAACAAGUGCGUCAAGUUAUUAAUAUGAAGUUUUUCCGGCAAGAGCCCCUAAAAAUGAGCAAAAAGAAAAUGGCGGCUUAGCAAACAAAAGAGCCGUCGCGCAAUAUCAACAACGUCGACGUCGACGACGCAAGAAACACAGCUUAAAAGAAAUCAACAAAAAAAAAGUCAUUUUCGUCUGGUGGAAAUUAAUCUGGUUUUUAUGUUUUACUCGCGCGCCGCAGACAUAAAAUAGAGACAACAAACAGUGUUUUGUGUGCGUGUGCGUGUUUUUGUGUGUUUGUUUUAUGCCGUUUGCUUGUGGAAAAUGCCAUAAAAAACGUGAAAUUCAUUAGGCUACAACUACAACAAUUACGACAAUUUUACAUUGUUUACAUUUUGUGUGCCAGCUUUCGUUGCGCUCGUAAUUUAUUGUGAUUUGUUCCAAAAAACACCGAGAGGAGGCAUCGUGGAGUUAAUUAAAAGCCUGGAAAGAUAUUUUCUAGUUGUAAAGAGUCGGUGAAAGUACGGCCACGGCGGCCAUUGGAGGCCCAACAUCAUCAUGCAUCGUUCGCUGAAGCCGCAUGCAUCCACCGCACAGGUUAAGAAGGUGCAACCGCCAACGAUUCCUGGGGAUUCUCUGCAGGAUUCACAUUACCAUCAGCAGCAGCAGCAGCAGCAGCUGCACCACCAUCAUCCGCACCACCAGCCGCUGAUACCGCUCUGCCGGCUUAGCGGACCCUUGCGCCACCAUCAGAAUCAUCAGGCAGACGAUGGGAUCAGCAUGAGCGGGAGCAGCAUCGUGUCGUCGCCCUCGCUGGAGGAGGGUGGCUUUAACCUGCCCCGGGAGACAAGCGUGGCCCUGCGGCUCAAGGAUGAAGUGGUCGGACCAGGGAUAGCGCCAACUCAACCAGCCGCUGCUGGAGCACCGCCACCGGGCGCUGGAAAGCCUGGUGGCGUUGCCAUGGUGCCACCACCGCCGCCCGUGUUUUGUGCCACUCUGCGCGAACCGCUGACCCACAAGGCGGCGGUUUACUAUCACCAGCAGCUGGCCCUGCAAGAGGAUCAAGGCAUCGAUCUGACCCAGUCCCCCGGUAGGGACUCGCCGGGCUCUUCCUCGGGAUCCGCUGGCUCGGGAUCCCGCCACAGUACCGCCAGCCUAGACUCGGGACGAGCCUCCUCCUACCUGACCGGUGUUUCCUCUUCGGGUGCCUCCAUCCGGGCACCGCUCUCCUCGCCACGCUGCAGCUCUGUGAGUUCCUGCUCCAUUGGUAGCGUUGAUAGGCAGCGAAAUGAUGAGCUCAUCAUCGAUUGGCUGAUGGAGAUGAAGCACGAGGAGUAUGCACAGCUGUUUAUAGCCGCAGGCUACGAUCUGCCCACGAUUGCACGCAUGACCCCAGAGGAUCUCACCGCCAUUGGCAUCAAGAAUCCGCAUCAUCGGGAAAGGAUUAAGCAGAGGAUCGAUAAGCUGCAAGUGCUGGACAAUUUGCCACAUUUUGUGCCGGGAUCCAUUGAGGAAUGGCUGCAGCUGCUGCGUCUGGAGGAGUAUAUACAGCCACUGCUGGAGCAGAACUACAAGACGGUGCGUGAUGUUACCCAAGUGACUUGGGAGGAUCUCGAGGACAUUGGCAUUGUCAAGCUGGGGCAUCAGAAGAAAAUUCUGCUAGCCAUCAAGCGGGUAAAGGACAUUAUCAGUGGCAAAUGGAAUCCUGGAGGAGCCAAUGCCUACCAACAGCAGGAAUACCAGCGAAAGCCCUGGCAAUUUAUUGUGCCCAUACCCAGUACGCCAUCCUAUGUGCCAACCACUCGCGUCUCCUGGGACGAUACCAAGAUCUACGCGACCGCCAACAGCAGCAGUGUCCUGAAUGCCACGGCCCCGGCUGGGAGCAGUUGCCUCAACGGUAGCCUCAUCAACGGCGAUGCCUACUACUGCACGGGCAGCAAUCAUGAGUGUUGCUCCGGCAACGAUGUGGUGCUCAUUAAGGUGCGUCAGCCGCGUGGCAAGAGCCUAGAAUCGCUGGAGGACAUCCACGACAACAGCACGCGCAGCCAUUUGACCUUUAGCCAUUACACGACCACGGAUUAUGGACACUUUGGGCCGCCCACAACAGCAGCAGCUGCGGCGGCCAUGGCAGCAGCCGCCACGCUCCAGCAGCAGCAUCACCAUCAACAGCUGCUGCAGCAACAACAGCAGCAGGCGGCAGCAGCCAGGCUUAUGGGUAGCAAUGCAACCGCUAUUGGUUGGCGGCGAUCCUACGAUGACGGCGACAUAACACCCACCAACGAUGCAACGAGGGAGCUGCUCUACGAGCAGGAGGGAGGCGGUACACUGCCGCGCCAGCAGCGUGGCAUUCUGCAGCGAGCAGUGCUAAAUACAAUGCCACCGCUGGAGAAUCAUCACUACAUGAAUGCGGCAGCGGCGGCAGAGUAUGGAGCAGCCAGUGGCAUUGAGUCGGGAGCGAACUAUUUAAGCGGCAGUCCGUUGACAGGCAAGAAGAUAGCACCAGAGCCGCCCCGUCGCCACUGCAGCAUACGCAAUUCUCGCACGCUGAGCGGCGAGGGAAUGCCUCCAGGAUCUGUUACGCAGACGCAACAGCAGCAGCAACAACAGCAGCAGCAGCAACAGGCUAACCAGCCGCCACACAUGUUCUAUGGCCACACGGCGCAACAUUGGCAGCAGCAGCAGGCGGCUGCAGCUGCAGCUGGUGGCAAUCAGCAGCCCAUCUAUGCCAACUAUGCCACCAUUCAGCAGACCACGGCGGAGAUACACUGCGAGAAGUACCAUGACAAUAAGUCAACUUCCAGCAUCGAUUCGAUUGAUACGAUACCGUUCGCUAACGAGAACACCGGGACGAUCAAGCAGCGUCUGCUUAAUCGCCAGGAGCUGCAUGCCAACAAUCCCGUUCAUCCCGUUCACCUGCACUCCUCCAGCUCGAGCUCCAGCUCCUCCUCCACGAACACCAUUGCGAACAAUAUAGCGCACUCGUUCCAUUCGCUGAAAUCUUCCAGUUCGCUGCACGAUGCCACCUUGGCGCGAAGCGAAAGCAUGGGUAGCACGGCCAGCGGUGGCAGUGCCUUGCAUCUUCGUUCCCCCACGCUGGACUUGAGCAAUCCCGGAGGAUCGGCAGAGCCGCUGGCAACAUCAACAACUUCCCCGGAGACGGCAGCUGCUCCGGCUGUGGUUGUGCCGCCCAAGGUGUCGGUGAAUGUUCUGAACGAUAUUGGGAAUAUGUUGGCCAAUCUCACUGAUGAGCUGGACGCCAUGCUCGAGGAGGAGAAGCGUGUGGGCCUCAACAUAGACAGUGAAUAGACUCUCCCCACUUAACAACAACAACAACAAUACAACAACACCCACUCUCCAAUCAACAACAACAAAUUGUAGUGUAGCUGAAUUUUGCGGUAGAACUUGUGGUGUGUGGUAAUGUUUUAUGUACUUUAAACUUAGUUAAGCUGAAUUUGUUUAUAUGCAAAGAAGGAAGCAUUUGAUUUUAUUUUGUAUUCUUCGAUUUCCAUAUCAUUUCGAUAGUAGUUAAAGGACAAACUAAACGAGAAAAGCUUUCGACGAACCAUUGUAUACUUUUGUACUUUUCCUAAACUCUCUCCCUAUCACCUCCUCAACGCAAGAAUAUGAAUGUUAACAAAACGAAACAAAAUAACCGAUGCAUAUAUAUAGUUAUUAUAUAGCAUA